UAAUAAGCACUAUUUUUGGGUGGAAGAAAAUAAAAUUGCAGCACCGUGUUUGGUUAAGGCUGGGGACAAGAAAAUAAGAAAAACUUAUCUGAUCUUAGCCUUAUCCUCGUCUCUGGAAACAAGAGGCAUGGAAGAAUCAACAUGGGAGCAGAGGGUCCAAGCCUUAACCCACAUCCUAACAAGCCCCACAAGAACCCCAAACCUCCACUCUCAGUUCUUCAUGGCCACCCAAAUCCCCUGCUACCUCAAUUGGGACUACCCUCCCAUCCUCUGCCCCAACCCUUCCCUUCUCAAAACAUGGGUCUCCUCUCUCUUCCUCAAAACCCUCUUCGGAAAAUCUCCUCCCCAAACCUCUUGGCGAUCCCAGUGCCCCUUCCACCAACCCCCACCCUUAAUUCUGGCCCACGGCCUCCAGGAACCGCACUGGGGGGCCCAACAAAGGAGGGAUUAUGUUAGGAACAGAUUCUCUAGGACUCUUCGCCGAAAUGUUAACCCACUUGUACACAUUCUAAUACCUAAUCUUUUCUUGUUGUCGCUUAUGAUUUGGAACCCCUUUUUUCGCUAUUUAGAUUGAAUUCAACACUACCUUGGAUGUUUGUUCCAUAAUUA